AUUUUCGUUUCUAGCAUCCUUUACCAAACAUGAUUCUCUUGGAGCAGUCUAACCACAUAGUCGAAACUACGCUAAACAACUGCAUUAGCUCAUUGAAAGAUGGAAAGCUCGCACCUUUUGAAUUAACAUGUGCCGAUUUUGACGGUGUCAUCUUUCAUUUGAAUUUACCCAAAGACAAAAACGUUCUUAGCCUUUCAAUCGAUGUUCCCUGCUACGACAAGCUGGUUGAUUGUGGUGUUGAGAAGAACAUAAAAGCUAUUUACAAAGAUCAUGUGGUAAAGCCAGAGCCAAAUGCAUCGGUGACCCUAGCGUUGAAUUUGGAUACCCUGUCGUCGUCUCCACCAUCUCUUAUUAGCGAGCUUAGUCUGCUUAAACGCCAUAUACUCGCCUCCGCUUUUUACCAUACUUUCGAGGCAGUGGAGGCUAAAAAAUCAAUUUUACUUGACAUACCCUUUCAUGGCGACGAUCGAACAUUUAUCACAACCAAGGAUGAAAGUGUCAUUGUGGUUAUUACUGUAAACUUCAAGGACUCUGAAGAUAUUGUUUUUGGCAAAGUCUUUCUCAAUGAAUUUAAAAAAUCCGUCAGCGGUGCACCAGCUGUUGAUUUUUCUACAACGCCGCCAGGAGAGAUCAGUUCUAUUAAGAAUUUACAGAAAGCAGAUGGCUACAUUACCUGUGUCUUGUUCGAAAGACACUAUAAGGCAGACUUUCGAGAUAAGACCAUCAAUUUAAUACUGAUGCUCCGCAACUAUCUGAUGUAUCACAUUAAGUGUAGCAAGUCACAACUGAAUACUCGUAUGAGAUUGCGUGUCGAGGCUCUACUCAAAAUUCUCAAUCGUGCGAAGCAAGAAUUACCGAAGGAAAAGAAAACAGCUAGCGGCCGCACAUUCACACGCACAACUAAGUAAUAAGUAUGAACUACUGAUGACGACAUCUUCACAAGGAGAAAUUAUGUGUGUUUUAAAGCAUUUUAUGAUCAAUUUUUUACAAAUAUGCUUUGUAGACUCUAUUAGUUUUUGUCUUACAUGAAAAAAGUGUAUAGCUUUUUUUAAGUAGACUAAGCUGCCAACCCAUGUUGUACUGAUUCUUGUUGAAUCCGCAUAUAUACUUGGCAUAUUUUUAA